CGAAGUCGAUGAAAUGAAGGGCUCACAAACCAGCAUUUGAGCUGAGCAGCAAUGCAACGCAGCUCAGCUUGACUUGCAACUUCUGCCAGCAGAAUGUGGCAGAAUGGUCGUCUCAGGUCGUCUUUCGUUUAUAGCUGCAGCUGUGAUUCUGCCCUCAGAGGCGAAAAGGCUGGUCGUGGUUGUGGUUUGAUGGGCCAAGCAACCAACUGUGCAUUGAGUUGGUAAUGGUGCUCACCACCGGUUGGGUUGAAGAGAUUGUGCACGAGUUUUGUAUCCAAUUUGAUUUUUAGUGAGGGUGCUUGAGUUCUCUGAUCAUCAUAAGCAAGUCCUUGUUACUCGUCUUUGUUGCAUUGCGUUGAUCAGCGGGUAGGAUGGCGGGCGCCUCAAGCUGUGCGGUGGUAAUGCAGACAAGAUGUGUGGAGCUUGCAUUUGCUGCUCCAAAUAGAUUCCGACAAUCUCCAUCAGCUUCCCACCAUGCAAUGAAAACUGGCAGCAGCCACCUGUCAAGUCUUGGGAGUACCUUUGUGGGUAGUGCAAUACAUGCAGGCCAAUCACCACAAAGCAUGAACUGCCGUCCCAAAAGGCUAGGUGGGGCCAGGGCUGCCAUUGAGGAGGAGAAUGCAGGCCGGUACUCGAGAGAGGAGAUAGAAAGGCAGCACAAGUUGCUGGCUGAAAAGAUCGCAUCCGGCUCUUACUCCGUGAAAAGAAGACCCCCCGGCGGCCUUCUCCGAUUGCGGCGUGUGCUGGCGCGGGCUGGGCCCCCAGGCCGCGGCGCUGCAAAGCUGCUGGCAGACAUCGAGCGCGGGUGGCGCCUCCUGGUUUCCGCCAAUAUGCCGGAGGCCCGGGGAGACAUCCGAGAGAUUGUUGGCCAGCCAGUGUUCGUGCCGCUCUACCGGCUGUUUCUGGUGUAUGGGGGAGUCUUCCGCCUUUCCUUUGGCCCAAAGUCUUUUGUGAUCAUUUCCGACCCACUCGUGGCGAAACAGGUUCUGUUCAAGAACGCAAAGAAUUACUCCAAGGGGAUCCUGUCAGAGAUUUUGGAGUUUGUCAUGGGCACCGGACUGAUCCCUGCUGAUGGGGAGGUCUGGAAAGUGCGUCGGCGGGCAGUGGUGCCUGCGCUGCACAAAAAGUACGUGGCGGCCAUGGUAUCGCUGUUUGCUCGAUGUGCGGACCGGCUAGGCGAUAAACUAGAGGCGGCUCAUAAGAAGGGCGAGUCGGUCGAGAUGGAGUCCCUGUUUUCGAGAAUGGCCCUCGACGUGAUCGGCAAGGCCGUGUUCAACUACGAGUUCGACUCCCUGUCACACGAUACUGGCAUCGUUGAGGCUGUAUACGUAACCCUGAAAGAGGCCGAGUACCGCAGCGUUGCGCUCUUCCCCUACUGGAAGGUCGCUGUCUUCAACUGGAUCGUGCCACGGCAGCGCCGGGUAGCUGCCGCCCUCAAGCUCAUCAACGCCACCCUUAACGACCUCAUUGCGCAGUGCAAGCGCAUGGUCGACGAGGAGGAAACCGAGUUCCACGAGGAGUACGUGAAUGCGGAGGACCCCAGCAUCCUGCGUUUCCUCCUGGCGGCCGGGGACGAGGUCUCGAGCAAGCAGCUGCGGGACGACCUCAUGACCAUGCUCAUUGCGGGGCACGAGACGUCUGCCGCGGUGCUGACAUGGACGACGUACCUGCUGUCGCAGCACCCUGCGGAGGCCGCCAAGCUGCGCGCCGAGGUAGACAGCGUUCUGGGGGACCGCGUCCCGACGAUCGAGGACAUGCGGCGGCUGCGCUACACCACGCGCGUAAUCAACGAGGCAAUGCGGCUCUACCCGCAGCCCCCCGUGCUCAUCCGGCGAGCCAUGGCGCCCGACGAGCUGGGGGGCUUCAAGAUCAAGGCAGGGCAAGACAUCUUCAUCUCCACUUGGAACCUGCAUCGCUCCCCGGCCAUCUGGGACCGCCCGGAAGACUUCGUUCCUGAGCGGUGGCCGCUGGACGGACCGGACCCGACCGAGACUACCGAGAACUACAGUUACAUCCCCUUCGGAGGAGGGCCUAGGAAAUGCUUAGGCGACCAGUUUGCACUGUUUGAGUCCGUGGUUACCCUGGCGAUGCUCACAAGGCGUUUCACCUUCGCUUUGGCUCCGGGAGCUCCAAAGGUGGGAAUGACAACGGGAGCGACUAUUCACACGACCGACGGACUGCAUAUGAUAGCAACGCCUCGACAACAUGGAACCGUAGCUUCAGAGCAGACAUUGUUGCACGAAGAGAAUGGAAAGGCGGAUAAUGGGCACGCCGGCAAUGGGGUGUUCAAGGAAGUCGCAGAGGAGUCGAUACCCAUGGCAGCAAAGCGAUGACAUUGGAAGGUACAGUCAGGUAAGGUGACAAAGACGUUAUGCAUCAUGAUAGGCCGUCGCAAACGUCCGGGACAACUCGGUAGACGUGAGGUCUUGCUCACAAGCAUCUAAUGAUAGAAAACUUGCGAACAAUAAAUAGAUUGAAAGGUGUAACAUAAUAGCACAUUGACCACCAUAAUCUGCAAACCUCGCAAGCUGAGAGUCCGAACUUGAGUCCUGAAGCAAGCUGCGUGCGGUGGUUAAAUAGGAGGAGGUUACAGGUAAACUUCAGCUGCAUGUGAUUUCUAAGGGGUUCAAGAACUCCAGUCGAGCUCGCGCCGCGGCUUGAGACCUAGCAAUCAUUGCUCGUGCUUCAGAUAGAUGCUCUUCGAGUCGGAGAUCUUCAGAUUCGUACACUCACACUAUGACCGUCCAAGCUGCUAGAAAGAUGCUCGAAAGAACCAGCUGUUGGCGCUCGCGCUGCAGGUACGUAUUAGUAUUAUAUGGC